AUGCCAGAACGACAAGGCGCAUACGAUAAAGGGAUCACACCGUCGAUUAAGACCUCAGAAGGACUGGCAGAGACAGUCAAGGAGAAGGCAGCUGCCUUCCAGCAACCUUUCUUCCCAACACCCCCUCCAGCAGACCUUUCCGACAUCGAUAACAACUACCCAGAACCGAUCCACUUUCCAGAGAUCACAUACCAGGAGAUCACACAGGCAGUCAAAUCAUCACCACCAAACAAGGCACCAGGGGAGGACGGUAUACCGAACUCGUUAUGGCACAAACUGAUUGAGAUCCCGACGGUCCUCGACACUAUCUCACGAAUAUAUAACGCCUGCGUACAGCUCGGAACGAAUCCCUUACACUUCCAGAAAUCGAUCACAGUAGUUCUACGCAAAGCUGGUAAGAAAGACUACCAGUUAGCAAAGUCAUACCGGCCGAUUGCGCUUCUCAAUACGCUCGGCAAGUUCCUCGAAGCAGUGAUCGCGCGGAGGAUCAGCUACGCGGUAGAAACGUACGGGCUACUCCCAGACAUACACCUUGGUGGGAGGAAGGGAAUCUCCGUCGACUAUGCCGCACAAUCAAUUAUCGGCCGGGUACGAAGAGCAUAG